AUGAAGAUCAUCAUCGUCGGUGGCGGUAUCGGCGGCCUAGCAGCCUACCACGCUCUUCGCAAGUAUCUUCCUGCAGCGAAAACUUCGGUCAUUGUCUAUGAAACCUACCCGACCAGUCGUUUCACCACUACAGUCAUUGGUGGCGGUCUCGGCCUCCAGCCCAACGGCCAACGGGCAGCAGCAACUAUUUCGCCAACUGCUUUGGAGUAUAUCCAAGCCAGGGGUAUGGAAUCCCCUACAUUUACGAUUAGAAAUCAAGAAGGGAAGGUUUUAGGAGUUAUGAACGUCGGUAACAAGGCUAAACAUGGAUAUGGGUCAAUUAUGGCUCCGAGAGCAGUCGUGCAUGAAGCAUUUCUUGUCGAGGGGGAUGUAGAAAAGGAGGUCAAAUGGGGGAAGAAGGUCAAGGAAGUGAAGGAAUUCGAAGAUAGGGUUGAAGUGCUAUUCGAGGAUGGAGAUAAGGAUACUUGUGAUCUCCUUAUCGGUGCUGAUGGUGUGCGUAGCAUCUGUAAGGAAGCAUUGUUUCCGAACCAGUAUCCGCCCAAUUACGACGGUCUCACAGGCAUCGGAGGAUUCCUACCUCUAUCUGCGCUUUCACCUACCCUCCAAGCCGGUAUUCGGAAAGAAAUCGUCACGAUGACAUUCAGCCGUUCAGGAUUCUUCGGCUACGCCUUUUGCUCGCCAUCGUCAACCAAUGGAGAGGAGAGAAUGAUGUGGUGGUCGACAUACGAAUGCAACCCUCCUCUUCCUCGCGAUACGCCCCCGUCUCAAGUCUUGGAUCAUCUUGUCGCUCGACAUGGUGACUGGAUAUCUCCUUAUGACGAGAAGGACACAGGCCGUCGUGUCUUCAAGGAUAUAGUCACUCUCGGUUGUCAAGAUGGAACCGAGUUCCUUGUACUUCCUCGAUACAUUACACCACUUCUUCCGAAUUGGUCAACCGUUCGUACGUCCAACGGACAAGGCCGUAUCGUUCUCUUAGGCGAUGCUGCUCAUACUAUGCCGCCGGAUUCAGGUCAAGGGGUUUCUUGCGCCAUUGAGGAUGGCCUAGCUUUGGCGCUCCUUCUGAGGCAUUACCUCUCAAACUCUCAAUUAACGGAGGUGAAGGCUAUUCAGAAGUCGUUAUUGGCCUACGAAGAGAUUAGGAAACCGAGAGUUGCGACCAUUUUGAAAUUUGCGAAGAGGGGUGGAGAUUCGAAAAGGGAACUAGGGUGGUUUGGCGAGAAGAUGAGAGAUUGGGCGUUUUGGUUUUUCUUGAAAUUACCGUUCUCGGUGAUUGAUGGCAUGCAUAGUUACGACGUGGAAGCCGAAGUUAAGAAAUACCUCAAAGAUCACUAG